AUGUCCCAGUCCCAGUUCGUUUUCCUGGACGAACAGGAACGUUUGUUUUGCGAGCCAGUUCGUGAUGGCUCGUUCCGCCUCGACCUCAUACAUAUUCCUAAAACGGCCGGCUCCGCAACAGAAUGCUUGGCUGCGCAGCAUAACGUUUCGUGGGGAGCUUGCCACUGGUUUCGUUCCAUCGACGGUUGUCACGUCACGUCCUGCCCGCCACAUCCCCCUCGAAAGGCUUACAGCCCGGAUUUUAAAAUCCCAUAUUGGCAUUUACCGAUCCCUUAUUAUCAAUAUGAAUCGAAAAAAAUGAAAGAAUCAAAUUUGUUAAAGUGGUUUGACAAUUCGGCCUUAUUUACUGUUGUCCGAAACCCAUACGAACGAGUCUUAAGUGAAUGGAAAUACAGGACGAAAUCCCCCGACAUGAAGGACGACUCGUCUAUGAUGAAUGCAUUUGUACUGAAGCACUUAAAUAUGAUGGAAGCUGGACGUGCAACUAAUGGAUCGUUGCCGUCCCUGGAAUAUUUUGUUCAUGAUGGACACUUUAUUCCUCAGGUAGACUACGUCCGAAACAUCACCAACAGCCUUGAUGAGCCAAUCCAAGUAUAUAUCAUCCGACAGGAAACCUGGUUUCAAGGCCUCUCGUGCUUGUUGUCGCGGUUUGGUCUGAGCUGGACACUACAGUCGAAAAAGGUUAACAAAGGCGGUGGGUCGCUAAGCGUAGCCAAUUUCACCACUGAGACACGUGACCUGAUUGGCCGUGUUUACGCUGAGGACUUUGAGUUCUUUGGCUACUCGCUCUGA